AUGACCCAAAAAAUAUUUUGUUGUUUAUUUGCAACGCAGCUAAAGAAAAACACACUGAUCUUGCAAAAAAGAAAUGUACAAGUAUCUGUCAUUGGAGGAGCAAGUGAUAUUGGUUCAUAUGUGUCUCUUUUUCUGAAGCGAAAUUCUAAAGUAAGCAAACUACAUUUAUAUGACGACGAUGAUAGAAUUAAAGGCACAGAAUUGGAACUAAGCAAUCUACCAGGUGGGCCUUCAGUUUCUGCUUUUAUUGGAGAUACUAAUUUAGAACAAGCCAUCCAUUCAUCAAAUUUGGUUGUAAUGGUCUCGCGAAUGCCACGUAAGCCUGGUAAUACAAGAGAACAGAUGCUCGGGGCUAAUGCACCAUUGAUUCAAAGACUUUGCAAAGCCAUUGCAGCUCAAAAUCAAGAAGCGUUUGUAGCUAUAUCCACCAACCCCAUAAAUUAUCUGAUACCUUUUGCAAGUACUGUAAUGUAUAAAUACGGGUGUUACAAUCCAUCCAAAAUGUUUGGAAUCACGCAUAUAGACACGUCAAGAAGUCGAUCAUUUGUUGCUAAAGCGUUGAAAAUUAACGCACAAGAGAUACAAGUACCGGUAAUAGGAGGUCAUUCUGACAAAACUAUCAUACCGCUGUUUUCGAAUUUAACUCCUCGAAAUUAUCGUAUUGAACCAUGCCAAGCUGAUAUGCUAACGAGACUGGUGAGGAAAGCCGGCACAGAAGUAGUUAUGCACAAACAUGGAGCGGAAUCUUCGACGCUGGCAAUGGCAUGGUCUAUAAAUGAAUUUGUUGAUAUUAUCUUGGACGCAAUACUUGGAUAUAGAGUGGUAGUCAACUGUUACACUGCAAAUUCAAACUUUGGUACUAAAUUUUUUGCCGGACCCACCAGCGUUGGACCGCAUGGAAUCAUUCAAGCAUGUUGUCACUUUCCUAUGAGUGAAUUUGAAAGCUACUUGUUAAAUCGCUGUAUACCAAUUUUAAGCCGUGAAGUGCUAGAAGGAGAGAAAUACGUUGAAUUUAUGGAAAAUGUUAAAGGUUAA